AUGAAUUGCCAACACGAUGAUCCAUUGGGAAGCAACGGUGGUGGUGCAAAGUCCAAUUCCUUUAUGAACAGUUACGAAAGUCUCAACAUAUCUAAGAACAGCUCCGCUGAAGAAAUUGCCGAAAAAUACUUAAGGAGUAAAUUGAGCUUGGAUUUUAAGAACAUUGGCAAGGCAAGUUACAAUGCCAGUGGAGGUGCUCACAGGAACUUUUAUCGGGGCAGGAAUGUAGGGGAAAAUUCCAACCAUGGCAGAACGGAGAAUGAUCAGGGGGGUCAUCUUAACGUUGCGGGCGGUCAGACAAGCUAUCGUAGUAGAGCGAAUGAAUAUCCUCGGCCUGAGCGGAAGGCGAACCCUAACCCGACCUAUGAUAGCCACUUCAAUAACGUGCCGAUCUUUUCCGAGACCAGGAACACUAACAGCGGCGCCGCCGGCAAUCUCCACUAUAACACCUACUCUCACCAAAAUGAUCAGAGUAGAGGGUACACAAAUUCAGUUUCGUUGUCAAAUAAUAUGACAAAUUUUUUUAGCUCCACAAAUUCGGCUAGUCCAACCGAUUUUACACACCUCAGCAAAUUCAAAGAGGAAAAAAAUAACAGCUACUAUGUGGAAGAGCAGUUUUUGAAGUUUGGCCAAAGUGCCUCGAAAGCCGGGCCCGACGGAGAUUCCAACAAGGGUACUCACAUGAAUAGCAUUGAUGAACUGCUUAAGAAGUAUGGAAGUAGCGGCACCGACGGGGACAUCAAUAUGGGUGUGAACAUCGGUCCACAUGUCGGUGCACACGUCGGUGUGAACUUCGAUAUGGACAUCGACGUGGAGCGCAGUGCAGGUAGUAACACACAGGCACAGCGCAGAUUGGGGGGAGAUGUAAAUCCCAUUUUCCAUCGCCCAGCCAGGAGGAAAAAUUCGGAGGGAAUGAAAAUUAGAGCCUCCUUCAUGAACAAAGCAGAAGAUACAAGUGGAGUCGGCCUCGGAAGGGAGAGCAACAAGAGUUACUACCCCAACCGGAUGAACAGAUUUGUUCCAGACAUCUCCCAAGGUAGUAGUAAAAAAAAAAAUUUAAUGCAAAGAAAUAAAGAUUAUGUACAUUACCUCAGCAACCGAAAUAGUUUCCUUAAGAAUGAAGUGUCAAUUAAAAAAGAUUUAAGAAAGAAGAAAGGUCUUCCCGGCAAGUUGGAAAAUACGUACUUGAGGAGAAAAACUAACAUGGAUGGGAUCAAACGACACGGGUCCCUUUUUAGCUCUGUUCUCAGAGGUUACCAAAGUAGAUGCAACAAUGAUAACGAUCUUCAUAACAACAUUAACAUUUUUAACAACAGCCAUGUUGAGGCUUCACAGAAUAACAAUACUUACAGGCGGAUGGUAGAGGAGGAAAAUUCCAACUUGAGGAAUAGACACAAUGAAAAUGGAAGUUGCUUUUCUGUAAGUAAAUCUGGACACUCUGAUCAUAUUGGCAAUAGCGCCAUCAACAUGAGUUUCUUCAAAUCGACCUACUCCGAGUCGAGCAAGCUUGUAGAUUUGCCUGUGAAUGGAUGCACAAGUAAUAGUAACAGUAGGGGUGUCAAUAUCCAACUAAAUACUCUAACAAAUGACAGUUCAGAUCUGAUAUCUCUGGGGACGACAAAUCCAGGAGGUGAAUUAUUAACCACUAGUUCUCACAUAUCAGCAUUGCAUCCUAGUAAGGACAAAUCCAUUCAUUACAAUGAUUUAAGUAGCAAUGCAGAAAUAUACGGUGCGCUCUAUGUUGACGGUGGAACGAGUUCCAUGGUUAGACACACCACGGUGAGGGGAGAACAUAAUGAUGAGCACAUUCCUCGUUCUAUUUCCCAGGGGGAUGGAUAUCAUGAGAAGGCAAACACCAGUGUAUAUGAGAAGAAGUUACCCCCCACGGGUGACUACUUCGUAAGAAGUGAUGAAAGGGUUCCCAUUAGGAACUCCAACCAGAGCAACAUACGUAGUGGUAGCGGUGUUGCUAGUAUCCAGGGGAGGGGCUCAAGCCAGGGGGAGUUUCUCGGAUUUGUCUCCGCUAAUUUAGUCAGGUCAGAGGGGGAGAAGAACUUCCUCCAUCCUUUGUACUUUUCAGAAAAGAAACUACUUAACAUAUUCAACAAUAAGCUGGAAAAUAAUAAUAUGCUGAGUAGUAAUGUAAGCAUAUACAGUGGAGGGAAGAGAGAGGGAAGUGUCCAAAACUGUAGUGAAAAAAUAUCAACCCAGAACAAAAUAGCCCAUGGGGCUAUGCUAAAAAGUGGAAUAAGUUAUAGAGAAGCACUCCCCUGUGUUGUGUCAAAGGAAAAAAAAAAACACAUGAAGCAAGUUGGUAGUAUACAUACUUAUGAAGACUACUUGAAGUACAUCACAGAGUCAAUCAAUGGAAUUCCUAUAAGUAUUAAAAAUAUAGAUGUGUUGCUCGCCUUGGCAUUGUACUCUCUAACUUCCGAGAUGAAUGGAAACACAGACACCAGCGAAAUUCCAGAACAAGUCCUCAUAAAGUUGCUCAACAAAAUUCUGUACUGCUUAAAUUUAAAGACUUGCUUGCUUAAGGAUACCCUGGGGGGGAAACCCGGGGAUAGCAACAAGUACUACUAUAUACAGAUUAGAAAAAAUGAGGAAGGAGGAGAUAAUGUUGGGCAAGAGAAGGAAGAGGAAAAGGGAGAAAAUAUAAAGGGAGAAAAUAUAAAGGGAGAAAAUACAAAGGGAGAAAAUACAAAGGGAGAAAAUACAAGGGGAGAAAAUACAAAGGGAAAUUACCUUGAAAAAGGGAUUAAGACAGUAGGUACAGGUGAAAAUACGAAGAGGAACCCUUGUGACCACCCGAACCAAGUCAGCUUGUUCACCUUGUACAACAAACGGAUCGUAUUGGAGAAGAAGGACCAAGUGGAGACCACAGAUGAAAAUCCCAAAGGAAUCCUUCAAAACCAAAGAAACUUUUGUCAGGAUAGCAAUUACAAAAAAAAAUGUUUCUACCUUGGUGAAAAUAUGAAAAUAAUUACCCUCGUAGAAAUAUUAAAAAUAGCUUGGUGUUUAUGUGUGUUGAAAAAAAACGUGCAGUAUGUAGAUUUGUUGAGGAUUCUAUACAAGGAGGUCGAAUGCAUGAAACUGUCCAAUGAAUUCGUCUUCUGUAUCAGUUAUCUUUUUAAGUAUUGCAACAUAAUACACUUGGAAGAUUGCAAAUCUCAAUUGACCAGACAUGUGCAUCUAGGAGUGGAAGAUAGUACCAAUGAGAACCUGUGCAUGUAUCUACAUCUGCUUCACAUGUGUAGUGCAUAUGACAAGCGAUUCAUAACACCCACUCAUAGGAAGAAUAUCGAUAGGGUUGUAUCUUACUUUUAUGACAGGGUAGAGAACAUAAGCUUGUAUGCUUGCACUAACAUCCUGUGUGCCUUAUCCAAUUUAAAUGUUAAAAAUGAGCAUUACCCCUAUUUCUUUCACAAGAUACUUAACUACUUUCGAAGUAAUGUUAAGAAGAUCACCAAGUGUGUCUUGUUGGUUCAUAUUCUGUGGUCCUUGUGCAUGAUAGAGUUCUGUUGCACUGAUUUUUUCAAGGAUCUGAGUGAGUACAUUAUUAGCAUUUUGCACUUCCUACCUUUAGGGGAGUUCAUUACCAUCUCAUGUUGCUUCAGCUGUCAGAAAAUGCUUAUCAUCAAAAAUUAUUUCAAUAAUGUUAGGAAGACAGUGGAUGGAACAUCGGAACAUCGAUUCGGGAUCACCGCUUCGAAUGAGAGGGAGUACAGUGCAUACGAGCCUGUCAUCGCUGAGUAUUACACGCACAGAAAACUCUUUCCCUACUGCUUCUACCACCGACCUGUCUCUCAUGCACUCGUCUUUAAGAUUCUGGCGCAUGGGUUCCUGCACUAUGAAGAGCGCGACAGUGUGAAAUGUCCAACCGGGGAAUUUACUAUGGACCAUACUGAUCGAAGCGAUGUGAGAAGGAAAACAUGUAGGAGUCUGAGUGUAGAAAACAGGAUGAGUGAAUCCCCAUCCGGUGCACAUGAUUCCAGUGUACAGAAUUCCCGUUUUAACAGUUCCAAUAUUUAUAGAGCGGGUGGAACUGGUGGCGUCAAAACAAUUGCUCAUCCCAGUGGAGAAACGAGGAAUGAGGUACCGAAAAACAGGUAUCCGAAAAAAAUGAAUGAGAAAAAAAAAAUAAAAGAAUAUUAUAAAAUGUAUGAUCACAAUAACAAGUAUGAAUUUGCGUUGAAUUCCUGUGAAAGAAUUCUUUUCGAGAACCUGCUUGAAGAUUGUUGCAAUAAUUUCGAGCACCUAAUGUCUAACAACCUAGUUGAACUAUUGUUUACUCUAUGUACGCUGAAUCUAGAUAGAUCGAAGAUUGUUAAAAUAGUAGUAAGAAAAAUUGAUUGCGCUGUCUUUGAGCAGAAUUAUGAUCAAGCAGUGAAGAAGAAAAAAUAUAUACAUAAGGAUUUAACCGAAGACGAAAAACAAAACGAAAGAAACGACCUCAUUAUCCUUAACUAUAUUUAUAACAAAUAUGUACAGGAGAACAGUUAUACCAUGGGGAAGAAUGAUAUCGACGAGGGGUUCCUUCAAAUGGUAGACAAUGUAUACUUCUGUAGGUACAUCAAAGACGACUUGUUUCUACGUGUCAUUAAAACAAGCAAAGGGAUAGUAGAGAGAACCACCACAGGUGCAUUUUCCAAACUCAGAAAUAUUUUAAAUGCAGCCACGGUGAGUAGAGACACCGGAGACAGUACCGGGUACGUAGGAAAAAACAAAUCAGAGAAAGAAUAUAUCCUUACGGAGGUAGAAAAUCUGUCUGACUCGCAUCAUCAUGGUAUAGAUACAAGUGGCGAAUUGAUGGGAGGUACACAAGAGAGAAACUUCGGGGGGAAUAUCUCCAAGGAAAUGAGGGAUAAUCCUACUGUCACUAAAAAUGGAGUGACCGAUAGACACCAGCAAGGAGAAAACAUGCAGAUGGAUGAGAAGUUGGUGGAGCGACCCGAUGAAGUAGAGGCCUGUAAUAGUGGAGGAGAGUACAUACGUGAGGAGGUGGACCUUGUGGGUGAUACACCCAAACAUCUAAGCAAGUUCAAAGAGAACCUAAAGAACACAUACGAUACAGCCAUUUCAUAUUGCAACAAGCGGACCAAUCAUCUUGGGAAAGGAACUUCCCCCAAUAACAGUGGGGGUAUAUCAGACAGGACACUAGAAAAUGGAAACCCACAAGAGAAAGAACACCUUUUAAAUAACGAAAUUUACGAACAUAUAGUUUCGAAGAGAAAUAUAAAAAAUAUUAUCAAGAGACAUAAGAAGGGGAUGGUUGAGAAGAUUUUCUCCUUUUCAUCAUCAUGUGGUGACAACACUGCUUUCCAAGUCAGUACCUGCGAUCGGGCAAAGGAGAAACACAACAACUUCCAUUUUUACAGAACGUUUAUUUUGCUAAUUCAGCUUUCUGCGCUUUCGCUCCUUUCCUUCGUCGUCCUCUUUGUGUACACUUCGCUCAGGUAG